GAGCACUUUUCUCCUGCCAGCUGGCGGCCUCGGAAUUUUGUGCAAUGAACCCUACCAUAAAUCUAAGUUUACAACCGCGUGGCUCUUCCACUUGGACAUGUAAAUUUAUAUCUCAAUUUCGGUUUGUGUCCAUGCCAGUUGAAAUGCAAGUAACCCUGAUACAGAACUCAAGCAUUGCAUAUUGAACCUCGAAUUCCCAAGCAUUUCUGGCCACCCUAAUAGUAAUACAGCCAAAGCGUGAAUCUGUCCGCAUGAUUACUCACCCGCGAUUCUCGCAUGCUACGCGGCGUACAGCGAACGUACGAGUCUCAAUCACGAAUCAUCCUUCCAGUUUAUCGACUCCGAGUUCUCAAACGUUUUAAAUUUGUCAUUUCUUUACCGCGGGCCUCGAUGUGAUAACCCAGGGGUUUUCUCCGAGACGCUUUCUGAUUCCUCCAAUCUACGACAGGCCUCUAGAGCUAUGGUAUCCGCGAAGCACGGCUCUUCGCAAGGUUUGCAUUGGUAUUCCCUUGGCCGAACCGUGACCGGCCUAACUCAAACGGACCGGGUAGGUAGAAAGGCGAGUCUCUCACCUUAUGACUAUCAGAUCUUUGCCAUGACCCUUGUUUCUGAACUGUCAAUGUACGACAGUCGGAAACGCUGACAGUUGUCUUACCGUGUUGUUGCCCUUUGACAUGAACAGUUUCGGGGUCCUCCUCCCAUUUGGUCCCAAAGUUCUUCCCGAUCUGUCCACAGUAGCUUCGUACGCAAGUAAUGCAGCGGUGUUACUCAGAAGCUUAUAGUGAUAUGGUUCGGUGAAUUUGUUCGACUGGGAACGAUUUGAUCGUUUUUAUGAUCAAACUGGCUUAGAUAGACAUCAGUUCCACUCAGAUAUAACUAACGGUCUUUUCCUCCCGGAGCCUUAGGUGCUACACCACCCGCCUGCAGUCCAUCAUGUCCUCAUCCAACGCUACGAACGAAACUACUGAGCAGCUUUGGUUCGAGCAAUCGAUCAAUGCUGCGGUGUACAUCGGCGCUAUGGCAUGGGGACUGCAUGCGGCGGUGUGCUACAACGCUGCUCGCACUAUCAUCCUAGACAAGAACAAGUCGAGCAAGAUCUGGCUUCCCUUCAUCAGUACCCUCUUCAUCAUGGCCACUAUCAACAUUUGCUGCAGUAUCAACUUCAACCAGUUAGCUUGGAUCGAUGAACGAGGCUUCCCCGGCGGUCCACUUGCUUUCAUCGUCACUCAGCAGAACCGCCCUGUGAAUACUGCCUCGCUUGCUACGUCUAUUAUCACUAUUUUCCUCGCGGAUGGCUUCCUGGUUCAUCGCUGUCAUGUCUUGUGGAAGAAGUUCUACAUUACCGGUACUCUCACCUUGGUACUCUUGGCAUCCACAGUCAUGUCAAUCCUUCAUUGUGUCCAAGCAUCUCGUGCCAAUGCUGCACUCUGGGAUCAAACCACACUCAAUCUCUCCGUUCCUUAUGCUUCGCUCGCUAUGUCGCUCAACAUUCUACUCACGAUCGUCCUAGUGUGGCGUCUUCUCGAUUUGCGCCGCAGACUUCCCAUCACAGUGACUGAAGAGGUACGACAGCGAUACAACGGCGUUGAAGCGUUGAUAGUCGAGACAGCCCUCCCCUAUGGGUUGGUCUCGUUCAUUUUCGUUGUUCUGUAUGGCUUGGGCAACACGGGCUCCAACCUGUUCGUUCCUUUGCUUGUCCAACUGGAGGGUAUCAUUCCUGCCCUUAUCAUCGUGCGUAUGAUUGAAGGCCACGCUUGGUCUACAGAUACGCUUCGUCGGGUUGGACCUGCAGUUCAUGUUUUCCGCGGUCAGGAGGGAAGGGCUGCUCAAGAAACUGCUCCCACGACAGACGAUGUAUCAAUGUUUAACCUGGGCAACCAUUCUGCGCAUUCUUUAGAUAUCAAAGUCCCUGCGAAUCUGGUUUGAGACUGGUUGGCACAAGUUGUGAGCGACGUGACUUGAUAAGUAGCUUCCCUGUACACUGCAUUACUCGAACGAAAUAAAACCAGUUGCCCACUCUUAGAUGUCUUAAACAUUAAGGGCCAAUUAUUGACGUUAACAUUACGCUGCCUUCACAUUUAAAAGCCUCCACGGCCAGGCCUAUCGGCUGGGAGGAUUGAACCGUUCCCAUGUGCCAAGUGCCCAUGCAAACAGACGGAUGCUGUGCCAUUAAAACAGUGCGGGUGUCCCCCCACCCCCGCUCCACCGCCCCGAUGGUUUCCUUGCUACGAAACUCUCUCGCACUAAUUUACAUCAUAGUAUACUCCAAUCGCGUUGUAAUUAUGCUAGCUAGAGCUCAGAGCCUUAGGCAUGUCAUUAUUCGAUAGAGAGAGAAUCCGAC